CCCCGUCUCCAACACUUCAAACUUCAACCAUUUCCAUCUCCCUCCCGUGGGCCCGAUCCCAACUACCUACCUUCCCACCACCACCACAGCAGCAGAAAUAGCAACAACAAAAUGCCGCCACCAUCCCACCCCCCGUAUGCUCAGAGCACUUACCAUGAGCUCUCUCUCUACUCUCAUAUCCCCGCCGCUCGACAGCCGCAAAUUCUCCGCGUAAUCUCGGGCAUAACCGGCAUGCUCCCGGAAACCACGCUGGAGCACCAUCUAGUCUACAAGCCCAAACGGCCACGCCAGCCGGGACAGAACGCGGAGCUGUACUACCUACAACUGAUCUCUAUCGUACCUGGGGAGCAAAAACAGGAGGAGGAAGAGGAAGGCAAGAAUGGAUACGACGUGAAGAGCCAGAAAUGGCGUAUGAGAUUGGAGGACAUUCCAGAGGUUACGAGGAGGCCGGUUACCUCAAGGAAUGUGCUCGGCGCUGGGUUUGGCGAGGGGGAUGCGUUGGGGUUGGUGGACAGUUUGGGGUUCAUGUUACAAACGACUUACUUCAUGACGGUGUCGACGCUGAUACACAAUAACAUUAUUAUCACGCUGAGCCAGGUUCUCCUCCCCCCCCCCCCUCCUCCACUCCCUGCUGCCCCCAACGUGCAGUACGGAAACCCCUACCCGACGUCCGGGUUGCAGCCCCUCGACCCGGCCGGGUCUUGGGUCCUCAAGGCCGCCGUCAGGGUGCAAAGUCAUCAGGAUGUUGAGAGCAUUAAUACCGGCACUGGUGAGUUGAAGGUGUUUAAGGAGUUGAUGAGGGGUAUGUGUGAUUUGGAGGUUGCGGAGAGAUUGGCGUUGGAUACUAGGAUCCGGUAGUGCGCGGUUAGUUAGGGUGUGUAGUAUUAUGAUAUUUGGUGGGAGGUAAAAAAAAAAAAUUUCACGAUUUUUU